UCAGGGCCAGUGGGUAGCUAACUUUACGAUCGAGCUCUCUGCUCUCUUCUUCAUUCUCGUGUCAGUUUUUCUUUUCUAAUUUGAUAGUUGACUCACUUUGAUUAAUCCGAGUAUUAAUGAGUGUAUACUACGGGGUAGUACCGAAAAUAACAAUAAAUAAACAAAAAUAAACGUUUAUAUUGACUUACGAAUAUAAAAACCCCAUUAUCAUAGUACAAAUAUACAUAUCACCGCCGUAAACAUCGAUUUUGUGUGUGUCUGUGUUUUUAAUACAAGUUGUUUGCUUUGAUAAACUAUUGUGAUACAUAACGAAAUUGAUUCGUUAAAAAACUGUGACAAAAUGGCCAAUAAAGACGACUACCUUACGUAUUAUCGUGAGUUCUUCGAGAACUUUGCUCAGACUGUUAACCCCAAUGAUCAGCUACCUGUUAAAUUGGCUGGUUACAAAUUGGUGAACGUCGAGAUUGUUGGAGGGAUUAUCGACUGGACUACGCAAUAUUUGUCUCAAAAAAAAUGCCCCCCGAACUUGUUUGCUCCCCUUAUCAAAAUCAUCAUAGACGAAAUCAGGAAGGCCUGCAAGAAACACCCAGUAAAUUGCGGAUUCAAUCCCGGAGAUAACGCUUAUGAACCCCUCAAACUUAUGCAGACUGUGAUGGCCAAAACCAAUGAGGUUUGUUUAAGGUACCUGGACAAUAGUAUGUUAUGCUCACUGCCCUCGCCGGACACCGGGACCCCAUAUUGCAUCACUAGCGUGUGUGCCAUCAAAAACACACGCCGACGAAUGGAAGAUCGACACGUAGUUAUACAUGAUUUGAAUACGAUGUUCAACAUUCAGGAAGCAAGUCCGUCCAGUUACUACGCAGUAUUCGAUGGCCACGCGGGCCACGACGCUGCCGCCUAUAGCUCAGCUCAUUUGCAUCAGUUCCUUGCCGAAAAUAAAUGUUUUGCUUCAAAUCCGAAACAAGCCUUGCUAGAUGCCUUUUGUAAAACAGAUGCUUUAUUUAUUGAUAAGUGUAAAGUUGAACACUUUUCCAGUGGUGCCACUGCCGUUGUUGCAUUAUUACGUCCCAAAGAGAAAAUGUUAUAUGUAGCUUGGGCGGGAGACUCUCAAGCUGUAUUAGUGAGUAGAAGAAGGGCGCUACAAAUUGUAAAUCCACACAAGCCUUGCAGAGAGGACGAACGAGAACGAAUAGAAAAACGUGGAGGUUGUGUUAUAUUGUGGGGUACGUGGAGAGUUAAUGGUCAGUUAGCAGUAUCCAGAGCAAUAGGUGAUCCAGAGUACAAACCUUUUGUCAUUGCCGUUCCAGAUAUCCAGGAAAUAAUGUUAGAUAAUGACGAUUUCUUAGUAUUAGCUUGUGACGGUUUAUGGGAUAUUAUUUCAGAGGGGACUGUUGCCAGGACCGUUUAUAAUUUAGUCACAGAAAAUCCAGGUAAGUCUUAUUUUAGAACCAUUGCAAGUGAUCUUUCUUUUCUCGGCUUUGCUGUUUUGUAUCUCAAAAAAUUUUGA